AUGUCUAUAAAUCACAUUGCCUCCAAGUACACGUUUCAAAACUCAAUCAAUUCCGAGCUGAACGACUAUAGCUCGUCAUUCGCCCCAAUAACGCCAUCUCUGCAAAACCUAUCGCCAGCAAUAUCCAUACCGCCAAUCUCCCAGCCAACAGACUUCUUGCGGGCACACACAGAUGACGAGACAAAUCCAGAUUGCUCCAUCAAGAUUGCCCACGGUACCACCACCCUGGCGUUCCGUUUCCAGGGAGGUAUUAUAGUGGCGGUUGACUCGCGUGCAACUGCAGGUAAUUGGAUUGCCUCCCAGACCGUGAAGAAAGUCAUUGAGAUCAACCCAAUGCUUCUUGGUACGAUGGCUGGUGGUGCCGCCGACUGCCAGUACUGGGAAACCUGGUUGGGAACCCAGUGCCGUUUGCAUGAACUACGUAAUAAAGAACGGAUUACCGUUGCAGCUGCUUCCAAAAUUUUAUCAAACCUAGUUUACAAUUAUAAGGGAAUGGGACUAUCCAUGGGUACGAUGGUGUGUGGUUGCACGCCAAAGGAAGGACCAACAAUCUUCUACGUCGAUUCCGACGGAACGAGAUUGAAGGGUGACAUGUUCUGUGUCGGUUCCGGUCAAACGUUUGCAUAUGGUGUGUUGGACUCAAACUACAAGUGGGACUUGACCGUCGAAGAAGCCCUAUACCUUGGAAAGAGAUCCAUUCUUGCUGCCGCUCACAGAGAUGCCUACUCUGGUGGCUCGAUCAACCUAUUUCAUAUUACCGAAGAGGGCUGGAAAUUUCAUGGUAACUACGAUGUUGGUCCUUUGUUCUGGGAAAUCAAGGAGAAGGAAGGUUCUUUCAACAACGUCAAGGGCUAA